AUGAGUAAUGAGUAUCCUAUUCAAGUUUUAUAUAUUUGGAUUCACUGUAGCGGGAAUUGGUAUUGUGUCAGAGUUGGAGCUGGAGAUACAUUUUUUCGAAUAAAUACGAAGAUAGUCGUAAGAAUAAUAAUAGUGUUACAUUUCCCGGAAAUAAUUAAAAGAUUCGAGAUGGGAUAUUGCAUGCUUGCUGAAAACCUGAUGCCAGUAAUGUUAGCAGGUGGAACACCCACAAUAUUCAUAAGAAAUUCUAUUGUAUUAUAA